CAAACCCAGUCCAUUUCACUUCCUUCGCGAGGUUAUUUUUGACAGGCUUGCCUGGAGUACACUUUUUGAAAAUUUCUUGGCCACCAAGUGGACAUCUGCAAAGAGGUUUGGGCUUGAAGGGGGAGAGAGUAUUAUUCCUGGUAUGAAAGAAAUGUUUGAUCGUGCAUCUGAUCUUGGGGUUGAGAGUAUUGUUAUGGGAAUGGCACAUAGGGGAAGAUUGAAUGUUUUGGGUAAUGUAGUUCGGAAGCCCCUUCGUCAGAUUUUCUGUGAGUUUAGUGGUGGUCAGCCUGCGGAUGAAGCUGGACUCUACACAGGAACUGGUGAUGUUAAAUAUCACUUGGGAACAUCCUAUGAAUGGCGCCAAACUUUUCAUUCGGAUGUGGUUGUUGACUUGGUUUGUUACCGUCGAUUUGGCCACAACGAGAUUGAUGAACCAUCUUUCACACAGCCUAAAAUGUAUAAGGUCAUCCGAAACCAUCCAUCAGCUCUUGAGAUAUACCAGAAAAAGCUUUUGGAAUUUGGGGAGCUGACACGAGAAGACAUUGAUAAGAUACAUAAAAAGGUGACAUCAAUUCUAAAUGAUGAAUUUUUAGCUAGCAAAGAUUAUGUUCCAAAAAUAAGAGAUUGGCUUUCAGCAUAUUGGUCUGGUUUCAAGUCACCCGAACAAAUUUCACGCAUCUGGAACACUGGGGUGAAACCAGAGAUCUUGAAAAAUGUAGGGAAAGCAAUCACGCUGUUACCUGAAAAUUUUAAUCCUCAUAAAGCGGUGAAGAGAAUUUAUGAACAGCGUUCCCAAAUGGUUGAAACAGGGGAAGAUUAGCAUGUAGAUGUUGUCUCUAUGCCACUGUGCACGCAAAAUG